GUGGAUUUGGUUGUACAAAGCUCAACAUUAUACUUACAGUAUGAGGAUUCAAUUGUGUUAUUACAGUAGAUUGUAGUAGCAUGUGUAUACACCCAGAUUAUGAUCUAGUCUAGUCGACAGAUGGCAACAGACAAAGGGGUAAACACAUUUCCAUGACAAAGAUGCAUUUUCAAGGGCCAAAUGUUCAGCAGUGUUCAAAUCGGAUUUUCCUUGAAGGAGACCUGCGAAGUCCCAACAAAAACAUAUUUUUAUUCUGGUGCAUUUUGUUUGUUUUAAUGGAAAGUUGAAGACUUCAUUUGUACAGAAACGUGGAUCAGCGCCCUCCGGCGUCCCCCCACAAGGAACAAACUGUACGUUGAUGGAGAGAGUGACUGUCAGCCGGUUCGUGCGCACCCUCUGUCGACACCGUGGCUUCAGCUGGACUUAAAGAGAACGCACGGCCGCCCCCAUCGCGGUGGGCGGAUGAUUCUUGUAGUCAUUCAUUCGUUGCACGAAGCAUUACAUCAUCCGUUCCCACACGGUACAGAAAAUUGAUGGAUGGAUGGAUGGAUGGAUGGAAGAACCACCCCGAGCGUUUCGGUGUGAUCAGCCGACGCCCUGACCGCUCCGCAUCCAGGAUGAUGAGCAAGCGGUGCACCGGGAUGAUGGCGUUUCCCUGAGCACGGCGGAGAGGCGGGGGAGAGGAGGAUAGACGUCAGCAUCUGCCGGCCAGCUCCCUUUGUGUUCAACGGAGAAUGCGAAUGGCGAAAGAUGACAUGGCAGAGGUAGAUUUGGCAUCAAACGGAGCGGAACCCCGCCCGCGGCCCCCUUCCGCGGUCCCCUACGAGGAGUACGAAUGCAAAAUCUGCUACAAUUAUUUCGACCUCGACCGCCGGGCGCCGAAGAUCUUGGAGUGCCUGCACACGUUCUGCGAGGAGUGCCUCAACACUCUGCAUCUGCGGGAGGAGCGGCCAUGGCGCAUCAGCUGCCCCGUGUGUCGCCACCGGACGCCGGUGCCGGAUUAUCGGAUCCAGAACCUGCCCAACAACACCAAGGUGACAGAGGAUUUCCCGCUCUAUAUCGACUCCGACCCCCUGCCCCAGGACGCUCUGCCGCCUUACCCUCCCCCGCUGCACCCGGCUCUCGUCGCCCUCCGCCGGGAGGAGGCGUCGGGGGCGUCGGGGGCGUCCGGCGGCCAAAGCCAAAGCCAAGCCACCCCGUCCACGACCGUGUCCACGGCCACGACCAUCUCUCAAGACUCUGUGCGCUACGACAGCUGUCAGAGCUGCAAGAGAGUGGCUUUAACCACCGGCUGCGUGUGUGUGAUCUUCUCCUUCCUCUCCAUGCUGGUGUUGCUGUUCAUGGGCCUGAUCUUUGUGCACAGUCACAGCAUCCCUCCCUCCCCAGCGGGACCCAUUUGCUUAUCGGUGGCCAGCAUUCUGGCCAUGUUCUCCGUGGUGGUCACCUGGCUCAUCUGUUGGCUCAAAUACAGACCGGACCAUGAGACGGGCCGCUCAUCUAGCGCCGGUAACUCGCGGAGAAACGCCUGAGCUGCUUUGGACUCUUCGUGCGAGCUUACUUGGCUGUGUUGUGAUCGACACACUGACGUUGCCCUUUGACCCUUUACCCUUUGUAGGGUUGAAGUCCUUCUAAAUGGCCUUCUAUCAGUGCAACAAACACCCAAAGGCCUUUGUUGUUAUUUGGAGCAAUAGGCCAUCCUGAUCCUGAAUCAUCCCAUCCUCGAGUUGAACACCAAAUGAGUGUUUGACUUGAUCACGAAUUUGGACCACAACUGAUGACUUAAACCAAGGGUGUCAAACUCAUUUUUGUCGCAGGCCAUAUUGUAGUUACCGUUUCCCUCGGAGGGCCGUUAUGACCGUGAAACCAUAAAAAUCUUUAAUCGCCUCAUCAUACUUAACACACGAAAUUUAUGAACUAGUUUUGGAAUCAGAAAUCAAGGGGAAUGGGUUUUCAACUAUUGUUCAUGUUUGGUAACACAAAAAUGCUUCCAGUAUCUCAACAUUACCAUUUAUGAUAUAUGACUAUUUGAAAUUUCGGUGCACAUUUGAACAAGAAUCAUAGAAGUUGACACACAUGAUUUGCCUUCGCGGGCCACAUAAAAUCAAGUGGCGGGUCGGAUCUGGCCUCCGGGCCUUGAGUUUGACACCGUGACUUAAACUAUGCUUGAUUUGGUGAGUGAGUGUGCGGUGCUUCUUUCCAGCCCAACGUCCCUAACUUGUAACAUAAGACACCUUUUAAUUACACACUACUCCACUGCCCAUUGCAUUGCAAAGAAGCGAGGUAGCGGUUGGAUGUAAUGAGCGCUUUAUCCACACCUUCCACCUCCUCCAGCUUUCGUCACUGUUCCACGUGGGAUGGCACUGUUUCCUUUUUUUGGUUUUUUUUUCUCAAUGAAAACACUAACUGCAGGAUUUGCUAUAUUUGGUGAAGCUUAGAGGGAUGUACUCAGCGAAAGAUUUAGAUUUUUUUUUCACUCUGUGUUUGUCAAUAUAUGUACACGACUGAAAGGUCAAGACCAUGCUUUGUGAUUUGGCUUUUUUUUUAAAUGACAGGGGCGCGUGUGUCUCUGACUCUUGUGCCUCACCUUGUUGCUCAAUGAAGCAACCUUUACUGCAAUCAUCAACAUGAAGUGCAGUUCCACUGCAACAAUGCGUCCACUAGCCCUGUUAGUAGAGUCCAGUGGGCCCCCACUAUUCGCGGGUGAUAGGGGACUGCGAAUAACGAAAAUCGGUUGAUAAUUCGCGUCCAUUAUAAUUGCAUUGAAAUUGUUGUGUGUGUGUGUUUUUUUUUAACUCCAAAAAUACUGCCAUUAGGCCUUUCGGGUUUUCCCCCCACCGCCCCAAAAGAAAAUUUAAAGAAAGAAAAUUAAGAAAAUUGAAAGAAGUUGAAAAUUUAAAAAAAAAAAAAAAUCCAUCAAUAGGUGAACGUGCAGACACUUAACCGCGAGGAUCCGGGGGCCACUGUAAUUAUAUUCCAGCAUUUAUACAUCACAGUUAUAAAAUGUUUGCAACAUGUUGUUGCUUCACUGCAUUGAUAUUUUUGUGUAGUCAACUGGCUUUUUCCAUCUACCUAAAAGUUCAUUCUACACGCAAAAAAAAAAAAAAAAAAAUGCAAUGUGUCGUGAGAAGCUUAAACUGAUUUACAUAUUUUGAGAAUGUCUAUCAACAGAGAUCUGUUUUUUUUUUCUUUUUUAAUUGUUGCUUAUACAAUCAGCUACAUGUAAUGUGGCACUCAAUAAGGCAGAUACCAGAUUUGAGGUACUGACAUACAGUACUUCUUGCACUUCCCAGAUGGAAUACAUGGAGCAUGUGGAGUGUAAUUCUAAAACAUGUUUUGACCCCCCCCCCCCCUCCCUCCCCACUCCCCCCGUUUCAGUAUUGGGUGCUGAUAGACUCUCAAUAUGACCAUUUGGACAUAAAAGUGUUUUGAUGUAGCACCUCUGAAAUUCCCAUAUGAGACACAGAUAAGAAUCAAACAAGCUCUGCAAACUACACAUUCGAGUCCAACACUGAUUUCAAUCGUCCUGCUUAACCUUCUCCCAACUCUUAUUACUGAUGAAGCACUUUCUCCCCUUUUUUUUCCCACAAAUAAUGGGGCACAUUUUCAAAUAUGAACGUAUUGUAUUUAUUUCCGAGGACCUCGAAGGUAUUGUUGGCUUUUAUGAGACUACGUGGUUGUUGUUAAAGUAUCAAAUGUAUUUGCACAGAGAAAUGCUCUUUAUGUUAUGUUUUGCAUACAUAAAUACAUUUCAAUAAUAAAGCAAACAUAGACAAUA